AUGGAGAAGCUGAUUCCCACCAUCAAUCGCCUGCAGGAGGUCUUUCUGACAGUGGGGGCUGAGGUCGUACAGCUGCCGCAAAUAGUCGUGGUGGGAAGUCAGAGCAGUGGGAAAAGCUCUGUGCUAGAGAGCCUGGUUGGAAGAGACUUUUUGCCUCGGGGAUCAGGGAUAGUCACAAGACGACCCCUGGUGUUGCAACUGAUUAAUGUUCCUCCCAUGACCGAGCGACUCAACAUAGAAAAUGGUGUCAAAGCAGAGGAAUGGGGAACCUUCCUUCAUUGUAAGAACCAGGUUUUCACAGACUUCAAUGAAAUCCGACAGGAAAUUGAGACAGAGACGCACCGCACUUCAGGAGAUAACAAGGGCAUUAGUCCAGAGCCUAUUUAUUUGAAGAUUUUUUCUUCCAAAGUUCUCAAUCUUACGCUUGUGGACCUACCUGGAAUAACUAAAGUUCCAGUGGGAGAUCAGCCUGAAGACAUUGAGACACAAGUGCAAGAAAUGAUCAUGUCAUUCAUCUCCAAUCCAAACUCUCUCAUCCUUGCUGUAUCCCCUGCAAACUCAGACUUGGCCACAUCUGAUGCUUUGAAAUUGGCUCGAGAGGUCGAUCCAGAUGGGCGGCGCACUCUGCUGGUGGUGAGUAAGCUGGACCUGAUGGAUGCUGGGACCGACGCCCUCGAGGUUCUUUUGGGGCGAGUCAUUCCAGUCAGACUUGGCAUUAUUGGCGUUGUUAAUAGGAGUCAGCACGACAUCAAUACUCAAAAGAGCUUAGAAGAUUCACUGAAAGAUGAGCAUGCCUUUCUGCAGCGGCACUAUCCCUCACUUGCCUCUCGAGCUGGAUCACGUUAUUUAGCCAAAACUCUAAGCAGGUUACUCAUGCACCAUAUUCGGGACUGUUUGCCUGAUCUGAAGACCCGGGUGAAUGCGCUCAGUGCUCAGUACCAGGCCCAGCUCAACAGCUAUGGUCAGCCUGUGGAAGACCACAGCGCUACGUUGCUGCAGAUUGUCACAAAGUUUGCCAGUGAUUACUGCAACACUAUUGAGGGGACAGCGACACACAUCCAGACCUCAGAGCUCUGCGGGGGAGCUCGAAUGUGCUACAUUUUCCAUGAAACUUUUGGACGCACUUUACAGUCCAUCGACCCUCUCGGUGGGCUCACAGAUUUGGAUAUCCUCACUGCAAUCCGCAAUGCCACUGGUCCCCGGCCAGCCCUCUUUGUGCCUGAGGUGUCUUUUGAAUUAUUGGUGAAGCGGCAAAUUAAGCGGCUGGAGGAGCCCAGUUUGCGCUGCGUAGAACUUGUCCACGAGGAACUACAGCGAAUCAUACAACACUGCACUUCUUUUAGCACACAGGAACUUUUGCGGUUUCCAAAACUGCACGAUUCUAUAGUUGAAGUUGUGACUGGUUUACUUAGAAAACGCCUGCCCAUAACCAAUGAAAUGGUCCACAAUUUGGUCUCUAUUGAGCUUGCUUACAUCAAUACAAAGCAUCCAGACUUUUCAGAUGCCGCGCAGGUCUCUGCAUCUGUUAACAGCCAGCAGACAGAUGCUCUUGAUGGUGGAAAGCGCUGGAAAAAUGAUAAAAUAGGGGAAGAGAAAGCCAAUGCUGGUAGUUUUGGCAGUCCGAGUAGAGGCCAGGCUGUUAACCUUCUUGACACAGCCGUACCCCGAAAGCUGAGUGCGCGGGAACAGAGAGACUGUGAGGUUAUUCAGCGCCUCAUUAAGUCUUACUUCCUCAUUGUUCGCAAAAGCAUUCAAGACAGUGUGCCCAAGACGGUGAUGCACUUCCUGGUGAACUUUGUGAAAGAGCAUCUGCAGAGUGAGCUGGUGGGUCAGCUGUACAAGCAGCCGCUGCUGCUGGAGCUGCUCAUUGAGUCACAGGACACAGCGCAGCAGCGGACUGAGGUUGCUCAGAUGCUCCAGGCUCUCAAGAAAGCUAAUAAUAUAAUCUCAGAGAUAAGAGAGACUCAUUUGUGGUAG